UCGCAGAGUGCACUAUGUAGGGAGUAGGGAGUAGGGAGUGAAUUUAGAUCGAGCCCAGCGAACAUGGCGAGCACUGUGCCGGUGUUGGAGGAAGCGGAGGAUUUCUCCUUUUUACCUCUUAUACACGAUAUUAUCAAAUGCAUGGACAAGGAGAACCAGGACGUCCACCAGGAGUUGAACAGGCUGAGGGUGCGGAUCCAGGAGGCGCGAGAGCAGAUUUCAGCCAUGCCCGGCAUCGACGCGAGUCCUGCAGUGCAACAGCAGAGGCUGCACAUGCUCAGGGACCAGGUCCGCACCAAGAACCAGCUCCUGCACAAAUACAAGGGCCUGUGCAUGUUCGACAUCCAAAAACUUUCAUGACCAGCCGUCUGCAGAGUGGAUUGUUUAUUGGAGGAAAGGCACACCUGGCCAGUCGGACUGGACUCUCUCAUUGUUCACAUGACUGCUUAAGCUCUGACUGUGUUCCUGCUGAUCUGUUGUCACUUGGUCAGUACAGAACUGGCCUGGAUUUUUGUUGUAAUCUCAUAGCUCUAUCUAAUAAAUCUAGUUUAUAAGAUCAGAUUCAGCAGUGUGAGUAAACCGCAGUGCCCAGUGAAUUGCAUAGCUAAUAUUGGCUGUAAAUAUGUGAGUAAGACCACGUCCAAGGACUUUAUAGUAGCCUCAGUGAGGCAGUAAUAUGAUUGAGUAUUAAAUGAGGCUGAUGGCCGCAGUUAAUCAUUAUACAGCCACUGGCAGUGUGAGUGGACUUUAUUACACAAACCAAAAGGACACGGUCAGCAUGUCACACUAACCGGCUGGAUAUUAAGAUGAAUGCCAGUAAUCAUGUAAAUACCACAGGUCAGUGUUAAUAUCUGGGAUUUAUAUGAAUGUGUCGCUCCACUGGUUCACACAUGGAGCUUUAUGGCAACUUAAAGGCACCAAAACAAACCCAAAUCAAUGUAAUUCGGUUUUAACUGUGUGCAUCUGCAUGUCAUACUCAAAUGCGUCUGUUGGAUUGAAAUCUGAUUGUUGUAUGACUAAUAGUAAUGAUAAUAAGCUUUAUGUGUGUCGUGCCUUUUGAUGCACAAAUGAAGCUCAGAGUUUAACAGAGCAUUAAAAGAGAUUGAAAUAAAA